UCGUACACUGUGGCAGCUGAACGAGGCCUGUGUGAGCGCCAAAGUGUCCCUGUAGCGAUUGAGACUGACUGGCUUUCACGCGCUCAACUGUUUGGUCCUCACGCGUUCAGAACUGAUGGUAUCGAUAAUAAGAUUGUUCCACUUCAAGCACAUUUCGGCCAGCCGGAGGCCUCUCCACUCGGCCUAGCUUGGCCUGACUCUCCACAUGCAACGGUUGUCGGGAAUGAGUAUCCAAUCGGUGAACUUCACAGCGCAGAGUAUCCCGGUAAGCAACAGACUGGCCGGCUUGACUAG